GGUAGAGUGCCCGCUCAUUCGGCGGCGGAGAACGGCAACCAACACGCGCUUGUCUGGCUGCUAGAUGUUGAGAAGGUCUGCACUGUGGAUGUGAGAGACAACUCCGGUCUCACACCGCUUCACUUGGCCUGCCUCCAGGGUGACCGAAUCAUCCUGGAGUGUCUUCUGGCAUCCAUUCGCCACUCGCGUCCUUGGACGACAGCCGCCGAUGUUGAGGCCCCCAUCACCAACCCCAUUCUAUGCCAGGACAAUAUCGGCAACACCUGUCUGCACACCGCUUUCCUUGAACAUGUGGGGAGGUUUUUAUUUUUACACUUACAUAUCUACUUUUGCUUUUUUGUCAUUAAUAAUGGCACAUGGGGAACAUUAGACCACAGUCCCUCCGGAAGCCAGUCUGUCAUUUAUCGAAGCAUGUCGGUUGUUCUAGUUAGUUCCACUCUUAAAGUGCGACUGACUGGAAACCAGAAAGUUUAA